CAGCCCCUUCUACCAACUCUUGAUUCUGCACACCGUUUCUUUAUCAUUUUAUGUCAGUGACGGCUAUGCCUCCCACGUCCACGUCAUGCCGAGUGAUGUUGGGGUUCAAACCCUUGUAAUGAUCUCAUAUAGAGACCAGGAUACGCAAAACGCUCUUUAGGUACUGAAUUCAUCCAAUGUUACACGACUUGAAGCGCCCGGGUUCGGGCUUAUUCAGUCGCAUGUUAGCCCUCUCCCUACUAGCGCUCUUAUUCGAUGGGGUAUUCGCGUCUCGGCUGCCAUCUACAAAGUCGAUUAUAGCAAAGCGUAAAGGCUAUGCAGCUGAAGACAUCCUGCGCGAAACGUUGUCCACGCGAUACAGCUCAGGCCUCGCGUCAGGCCAUGCCGAGCUGGCCGACUCCUUUAGUACCGCCAACGCCGCACAAGCAGCUUACAACAAAGCAUCCCAGCAGUCUAGCAUCAACACUCCAGUCACCGGCUCCUUACUCGAUCCGGGGAUCGCCACAGUCUUCUCCAGCACAGCUCCUCGCAUUCUCCCCCGCUUAGCCACGGGCCCCAGCCUGUCCCUAGACCAACCCCUCGAUCUACAACAACAUCAACAGCACCCGCACCCGCAGCCGGACCGCUGGGGCGCCAUCGACCCUCCUCCACCCCAGCUUGACAUCGAUGAAGCAACCCUAGCCGGCCAGCUCGCCUCAAUCGCCUACUGCAGCCACCCCGACCUCCUAGCCGCCUGGAACUGCACCCGCUGCGCCAACGUCACCGGCGGAUUCGCCAUGCAUCGCGUGGUGUACGACUCCGUUUGGGACCUGGCAGCCUACGCGGGCUUCUACCCUCCCUGGAACGCCGUCGUCCUCGCCUUCCGCGGCACGGACUCCUCCAACUGGGGUCAAUGGGCGGAGAACAUGCGUGCCUGGCGCACCGACCACAUGUACCCCGUGCCGGAUUUCCCGCACGCGCUCAUCCACGCCGGGUUUUACACGUUGUGGGCGAACAGCAUGCUGCAAGCCACGUUCAAAGAUGCGGUUUCGGAGCUCCUGGAGGCGCACCCCGGGGCGCGGCUGGUGACCGCGGGUCACUCCAUGGGAGGUGCUCUAGCCCAGCUGGCGGCGCUGGAAGCCAAAUUGUCGUACAAUAAGACCCAUGUGACGGUGUAUACGUACGGCGCGCCGCGUGUGGGCAACUUGGCAUAUCAGCAGCUCUUCAACACCUUCAUCGACGUCUCCUGGCGCUUCACCCACAACCGAGACAUCGUACCCAGCGUGCCGCUGCAGCUCAUGGGCUUCCAGCACGUGGCGAGGGAGGUGUGGGAGGUGGACGUGGAGGAUCCCAGUGGCGGCGGCGGCGGCGGACCCGUGGGUCGCAAGCUGCUGAUGUGCGACGGCAGCGGCGAGGACCCUUCCUGCCAUAACUCCGCGUGCUACCUGGGGCUGUGUACCAGCAUCGCGGACCAUUUGCUGUAUCUGGGGUUGCAUAUGUACCAGGAUAGUGACGAGUGCUGAGGGAGGGAAUGUAAAGAUAAGUGCAGCAACGGAGUCCCGAUCCCAAAUCCCGACUCAUGCAGUGAGCGCAUUCGGAGGGAGGUGGGGAGAGGGAGGGUAUGUACGAUAUAGGACACACAGCAGGGAGGAAGAAGGGCACAUGUGUGGGUACUGUGCGUGAUCCGGCGGGGCCUUGCGUCGCGAGGGGACAGCAGAACGGCACAGGGACAGCUAGCGGUGUGGUGCGGUGUACAACACGCUGUUCAAGAGGGGAGGCUGCCACGGUGAUGGGGUGCCGUGAGUGGAAGGGGCGGAAGCCGCUGCUGGGUAGGUCUGCUGCUGGGUAGGUCUGCUGCUGGUGCUGCUGGUGCUGCUGCUGCUGCUGCUGCUGUUUUGAGGACCCGGACGGACGGUUAUGGAUGCGAUUGCGGGAGGGGCCGGAGAGGCCAAGGAAGGGCGUAAUGGAGUUUUGCGGAGAGGGAGAAACGUGUAAAACAUGCGUACUGCGAGGGCUGCAAUGUUGAGAGAGCAUGAGUGUUGUUUAGGUGUUCAGGUUAUAGGCACUCAGGCUACCGUUUAAGUUGUAGUGAUCAAGCCCGUAGCUGAAUUUUCCAUGCUGUAUCUUGCUGCGUUGGUCUGUACACAACUCACAUUAAUGGAAGGACUCGACGCACGGCGGCUUAGGCACUUGCCGCAUGCGUUAUAUGUACUUUAUGGUGCCCUAUUGUGUGCCAUGUAGCUGUAUCGUCGUGUGUAGCUGUGUCGGCUGGGUUGUGCUCUCUUUUGCGGCUAUGUGGCGUUGCAUCAUGUUUCACCGGAGGUGAAGGUACUUUUGUUGGUCUGCUGGUAUUGCCGGCACGUAGUAGUACACAUAGUUGUAGCUGCUGGUAUUACAGAGGGUAAGCAGGAAUGGAGCAGUGGUAAAGAGGCUGUGCAUCAGGGCUGCAUGCGCUAGGUUCUGGAUGUCACCACCCGUCCUGCCUAUCCAUGAGUGCUCUGAGCUUUGAGCGAACAUGCUUCAAUUGCGGCGCUGGAGGAAUGCCAAGCAGCAGCGCGGCGGACCAGGGUAUAUCGCUUUUUUGCAUCCGUUCCGCGAGCGGGAGAGGUGCGGUGCCGGGAUGAACCGUGGGUCGCUCUGUGUGACAUCCGUAGUAACUGCUUCGGCUUUGCUACUGCGCAAUGUACCGG